AUGACGCCGUCUCGAUCGGGUGACAAUGACGACGACUACUUCUACGACGGCGGCGACAAUGUUGGCGGUUGCAUGACAUGCUGUUUCCCAUGCGUCACCUUUGGCCGAAUCGCAGAGGUUUUAGAUGAAGGAAAAAGCUGUAACAUGCUGCCGGCAAGGUUGUGUGUGGAUGGGAUGUUGAUGUUGUUCCAAUUACAAUGGCUUCUCUCCUGCAUCUAUAGAGAGAAAUUACGUUCCAAAUAUGGAUUACCAGACGAACCAUGCUGUGAUUGUUGUGUACACUUCUGCUGUGAAUCAUGUGCUCUUUGCCAGGAGCAUGCUGAGCUCAAACACACAGGAUUGGACCCCUCCAAAGGUUGUAAACUGACUCAUCAUGACAACAAAAUUAUUGUUACCUUUUUUAGAGGCUGA